AUGCUUUCAAGUUUGAAUCUUUGCCAUUGUAAGUGUCUAUGUUGAGUUGAGUGAGGACCACGGAUGUGUCACUUUCGCUGUUUUAUUUUACAGAAUAAGCAAACCCACUUGCCACUUUUCACUCUCACCAUCUUUCAUUCUCAAGCCAUUAAGUAAAUGGCAAUGGAGAGAGUCCGAGAGAGGCAUACAUAAAAGGAACUGUGAUGGGAAUUCGUGCAUAAAAGAAAGAGAAAGGAGUGUGAGAAUUUUAAUAAUUAAAGAAAUGUCACAAGAUUCUUGUUUGGAGGCAGCAAAUACAACACUCGAGCAGUGGAAAUGGACCGAAAUGCAAGGCCUUGAGCUUCUUCCUGAUGCUCCCAUUUCCCACCAUUAUAAUAAUAAACCCAACAACACAAAACUCCUCACACACCAAAUGGAAACUACUACUACUACUACUGAACCAAACAAAGAUGAUGAUGCUCCUUCGUCUGCUACUUCUUCUUCUGGUAACGGUAGUAGUGACAGCAACAAGAACAACAAGAAGAAUGAGAGUGUUCCCUCUGUUGGGUUCAGUGAGCUUUUCAGAUUUGCUGAUGGGUUGGAUUAUGUUCUAAUGUCCAUUGGAAGCGUUGGAGCAAUCGUGCACGGUUGUUCCUUGCCACUCUUCCUUCGCUUCUUCGCUGAUCUUGUCAACUCUUUUGGUUCCAAUGCCAACAACUUGGACAAGAUGACUCAGGAAGUCGUCAAGUAUGCAUUUUACUUUCUGGUAGUUGGUGCUGCUAUAUGGGCAUCUUCAUGGGCAGAGAUAUCUUGUUGGAUGUGGAGUGGGGAGAGGCAAUCAACAAGGAUGAGGAUCAAGUACCUUGAAGCUGCUCUCAGCCAAGACAUUCAGUUUUUCGACACGGAUGUUCGAACCUCCGAUGUUGUAAUUGCCAUCAACACUGAUGCCGUCAUGGUCCAAGAUGCCAUCAGCGAGAAGUUGGGAAACUUCAUUCAUUACAUGGCCACAUUUGUGUCUGGUUUUGUUGUUGGUUUCACUGCAGUCUGGCAAUUGGCACUUGUGACCCUUGCUGUGGUCCCUAUGAUCGCAGUCAUUGGCGCCAUUCACACCACCACAUUGGCCAAGCUCUCUGGCAAAACCCAGCAAGCUCUUUCUGAAGCUGGCAACAUUGUGGAACAGACAGUUGUGCAAAUUCGAGUGGUACUGGCCUUCGUCGGGGAGUCUCGAGCAUUGCAGGCAUACUCUUCGGCAUUGAAGGUUGCCCAGAAGCUUGGCUACAAAACUGGUUUUGCAAAGGGAAUGGGAUUGGGUGCCACUUACUUUGUUGUUUUCUGUUGUUAUGCACUUCUUCUUUGGUAUGGAGGCUAUCUGGUUCGCCACCACGCCACCAAUGGAGGGCUUGCCAUUGCCACCAUGUUUGCUGUUAUGAUUGGUGGAAUAGGUCUAGGCCAGUCUGCGCCGAGCAUGGCUGCAUUUACAAAGGCCAGAGUUGCUGCUGCAAAGAUUUUUCGCAUAAUCGAUCACAAACCGCGGAUAGAUAAGAACAGUGAAUCUGGUUUGGAGCUUGAGACAGUAAGUGGACUUUUAGAGCUAAAGAAUGUGAACUUUUCAUACCCGUCAAGGCCAGAUGUUCCGAUCCUCAACGACUUCUCGUUGAGUGUGCCUGCUGGCAAGACAAUAGCCUUGGUAGGUAGCAGUGGCUCUGGAAAGAGCACUGUGGUUUCCCUCAUUGAAAGAUUUUAUGACCCAACUUCAGGACAAGUUUUUCUGGAUGGCCAUGACAUUAAAACAUUGAAGCUUAGAUGGUUGAGGCAGCAGAUAGGGCUAGUGAGCCAAGAGCCUGCGUUGUUCGCAACCACGAUUAGAGAAAAUAUACUAUUGGGAAGGCCUGAUGCCAACCAGGUUGAGAUCGAAGAAGCAGCCAGGGUAGCUAAUGCUCAUUCCUUCAUCAUCAAACUUUCUGAAGGUUACGAAACCCAGGUUGGAGAGAGAGGGAUGCAACUCUCAGGAGGACAAAAACAGAGAAUAGCAAUUGCAAGGGCUAUGCUUAAAAACCCAGCAAUUCUCCUCCUGGAUGAGGCAACAAGUGCAUUGGAUUCUGAAUCAGAGAAACUGGUGCAAGAAGCCCUGGACCGGUUCAUGAUUGGUAGAACAACUCUUGUAAUCGCGCAUCGCCUCUCGACUAUACGCAAAGCCGACCUUGUAGCUGUACUUCAGCAAGGAAAUGUGUCUGAAAUUGGAACUCAUGAUGAGCUCUUUUCCAAAGGAGAAAAUGGAGUCUAUGCAAAGCUCAUAAAGAUGCAAGAAAUGGCUCAUGAAACUGCCAUGAACAAUGCCAGAAAGAGUAGUGCACGGCCUUCAAGUGCAAGAAACUCGGUAAGCUCACCCAUAAUUGCUCGGAAUUCUUCUUACGGCCGGUCACCAUACUCUCGCAGGCUGUCUGAUUUCUCCACCUCAGAUUUCAGUCUGUCGCUCGAUGCAUCACAUCCGAAUUACAGGCUCGAAAAGCUUGCCUUCAAAGAGCAAGCAAGUUCCUUCUGGCGACUAGCGAAGAUGAACUCUCCUGAGUGGCUAUACGCUUUGAUUGGCUCUAUAGGCUCCAUUGUUUGUGGAUCACUUAGUGCUUUUUUUGCUUAUGUUCUCAGUGCUGUCCUCAGUGUGUAUUACCAUCCGAAUCACAAGCACAUGAUCACACAAAUUGAUAAGUACUGCUACUUGUUGAUUGGCCUUUCAUCAGCUGCACUUAUCUUCAACACAUUGCAACAUUCCUUCUGGGAUAUUGUUGGUGAAAAUCUAACAAAACGAGUGAGGGAGAAAAUGCUGACGGCAGUGCUAAAAAAUGAGAUGGCUUGGUUUGAUCAGGAGGAAAACGAGAGUGCACGGAUCGCUGCUAGGCUUGCUCUUGAUGCCAACAAUGUUAGAUCAGCCAUUGGAGAUCGAAUUUCGGUGAUAGUUCAGAACACUGCGCUCAUGCUAGUUGCGUGUACUGCAGGGUUCGUCCUGCAGUGGCGUCUUGCCCUUGUCCUCAUCGCCGUCUUUCCUCUUGUUGUUGCGGCCACUGUGUUGCAGAAAAUGUUCAUGACUGGUUUCUCUGGUGAUCUGGAAGCUUCUCAUGGCAAGGCCACACAGUUAGCAGGAGAAGCUAUAGCCAAUGUAAGAACCGUUGCAGCCUUCAAUUCAGAAACCAAAAUUGUUGGGCUUUUCGCUUCGAAUCUCGAAAUUCCACUACAACGGUGCUUUUGGAAGGGACAAAUUUCUGGAAGCGGAUAUGGGAUAGCACAGUUUGCUCUUUAUGCUUCCUAUGCACUUGGUCUCUGGUAUGCUUCUUGGCUUGUGAAGCACGGAAUCUCUGAUUUCUCCAAAACCAUUCGAGUGUUCAUGGUCCUCAUGGUCUCUGCUAAUGGAGCUGCCGAAACUUUGACAUUGGCUCCUGAUUUCAUCAAGGGAGGCCGAGCUAUGAGGUCAGUCUUUGAUCUCCUUGACCGGAGAACCGAAAUUGAGCCGGAUGAUCCAGAUGCCACCCCUGUUCCUGAUCGUCUUCGAGGCGAAGUUGAACUUAAGCAUGUGGACUUCUCUUACCCAACGCGGCCCGAUAUGGCUGUUUUUCGCGACCUCAGCCUUCGUGCGAGGGCGGGUAAAACUCUGGCCCUUGUGGGACCUAGUGGCUGCGGCAAGAGCUCAGUCCUUGCACUUAUACAGAGAUUCUAUGAUCCAUGUUCUGGUAGAGUCAUGAUUGAUGGAAAGGACAUAAGGAGAUACAAUCUCAAGUCUCUAAGAAGACACAUUGCUGUGGUACCUCAGGAGCCAUGCUUGUUUGCGACAAGUAUUUAUGAAAACAUUGCCUAUGGACAUGACGCGGCCUCUGAAGCGGAGAUAGUGGAGGCUGCGACUCUUGCCAAUGCUCACAAGUUCAUAUCUUCUCUUCCAGAUGGAUACAAAACAUUUGUUGGGGAGAGAGGAGUUCAACUUUCUGGGGGACAAAAGCAAAGAAUAGCAGUUGCUCGGGCUUUUGUGAGGAAGGCUGAGCUUAUGCUUCUUGACGAAGCAACUAGUGCGCUCGACGCUGAAUCCGAGAGGUCGGUUCAGGAGGCUCUAGACCGUGCCUGCUCGGGGAAAACAACCAUCGUUGUUGCACACAGGCUAUCAACCAUCAGAAAUGCCAACCUGAUUGCUGUGAUUGAUGAUGGCAAAGUAGCUGAACAAGGCUCGCAUUCGCACUUGUUGAAGAAUCAUCCUGAUGGGGUUUAUGCGCGCAUGAUUCAAUUACAAAGAUUCACACAUACCCAAGUCAUUGAGAUGGCGUCCGGUUCAAGUUCUUCAACAAGGCCAAAAGAUGUCGAAAGACAAGGUUAGACAUUAACGGCUACAAACAGAGUAUAUGUCAUCAUAAACCACAUUAUAAUUACUUCCAUUUUUGUUUUGACCUUAGUGUAGUUUUGUGUAUCCACGAAUGUAUCUUCUUGUCUUUGUGAAUCUUACUACGGAAAUGACAAAGACAGAUUACGAUUGAAAUGGUUGAAUUCA